GAUCAGCUGUCGGAAGGUCCCGAUUUGUGCGGGGGAGCGGCGGGCGCUCGGCAGAACCGCGCGAUCGGCACCGGCACUACCUCAGCGCCUCCCGCCGCUCCCCUUCACGCCGCCGUCACGGGCCAGGCCUUUGCACUGAAGCCUAGUGAAGAACCUCAGAAUUGCACUACACGCUAUUUAACUGUGCUACUAUUUCACUAGCAGAAAAAGCACCUCCACCACCACCAAGACCUUGAGUGCUGUUUUUUCCCCAUCCCUGCCCAUCUCUCCCAUCUCCCCACCUGGAAGCCAGUGCUCAGCAGAAGCCCUAACUCACCGUCCGUUGCGCUAGACCAGUCUCCGCCAUGUUUCAGCGUCUCACCAGCCUCUUCUUCAGCGACAGCAACACACCGGAAGGCCUGGAGGAGCCCAAACCCUUUGUCGAGGAGGAGGAGGAGGAAGAUGGCUGGCUCAUAAUUGAUCUUGCAGGCAGCCGUGCCCGCCCCGGCGCAGCCCGGCGAGUGGGUGCUGGUGGUACCGGGCGCUUGGCACGAUCCCGCCCGGCACCCCCUGGUCCACCGCCGCUGCCAGCCGCUUCCCUGGCUCCGGCCGGUCCCUGCUUGAUGGACGAGAGUUGGUUUGUCACCCCUCCCCCCUGUUUUACUGCAGAGGGGCCUAGCCCCGGCGGCGUGGGGAGCAGCCCCAUGGAGGACCUGCUCAUCGAGCACCCCAGCAUGUCCGUCUAUGUCACCAGCACCCUCGAGGUGGAUGGGGAGGGCCCCGAGGAUGAUGCUGAUGGGGAGGUGCCGGAGCCCAGGCUAGAGCGGCAUGUGCCGCACCACAGCAGGUCCCUCUCCGUGAAGGCUGCUAUCCUGGAGAAGGUGGGGCAGGCACGGCGGGUGCAGCGGGCCAAGCAGCUGGCGGAGAAGCACCGGCUCAGCCAGAAGGCGCUGCAGCGGCAGAACCGGGUCCGCCAGCGCCCGCUGCGCCGGGCCAAGCAGCACGCUGGAGCCUUCGUCCACCAGCCCUGCCAGCGCCACUGCAACUACUGACCUCCCUGGGACACCCACGCCGGCGAUCCCCCCCCCCCGCUGCCGCUCCCCCGGCGGAGGGAGACCUCACCCCUCGCACCAACACCAGCCGCCCUGGGGAACGCCGGCCCUGAUGAACACCCGUGACGCCAGGCUGCAGUUUCACUCCACACUCCCACACACACCUGCGUGCCCGGCCCCCCCCCCCCCAACUCCUCGUCUUCCUACCCCCCGCCCUCCGCUGCUCCCCUCACCCUUCAUCCCUGACGCCAGCCAGGCCGGCAGCCCCCAGCGCUGCUGACGUGGAGGGCCCUGCUGCCCCCCCUUCCACCCUUGCAGCCAUGCCAGCCUUCACAUGGGAAAUCAGUAUUCCUGGUGAAAUCACUCGUUUCUGAAAUCCACAGCGAAGCCUGUUUGUCCUGACGAGGCUGUGACAUCAGUGCCUUUCUUCAUGACGUCAUGACUCCACUGGGAUGUCACAAGCAGCAACACUAAGCAGCAGUGAAAAGAGCAAUGAAGCAGCAAGAGUUUGGAUUUUUAGGAAUAUCUCAUCAAUGACACUAAAUAAUGCUUCCUCCCCCCAAAACCAGCAAAUACCCCGCCUUGAUUUCCUAAUUGCAUUUUUUACCAUGAUAGGACAAAAACCCCACUGUCGGUCCCAAAAGGGCUUGUAGUGGGGAAGAGCUGGUGGAAACCUUCAUGGCAGGGUCAGCCGGGUGGCUCGUGGUGCCUCGUGGCGUUUUUUUUUUUAAAGACAACCUUAAAAGCAAUCUCAGGAAACAACGCACUGUCCCAGCACCUGCCAGAGCCCUUGGCUGCCCCGCCGGGAGGGGGGGUCCAGGCCAGGGCUAGCGUAGCAUCACUGUGGCUAGUGGUGCCAUCGAGCUGCUGGCUGCCUCCUCCGAGCAAGCCCCCUCUUCCUGGAGCCACUCAUCUGCCCAAGCCGCACAUAUAUAUACACACACACCCCUAUCUAUCUAUCUAUCUAGAUAGAUGUGUGUGUGUGUAUAUAUGUCUUUAUAUACCUAUAUUCUUGGAAAAGACACUAUAUAAGCCAAGGAGCGUCAGCUGCCCAGCGUUAACCCCUGGGAGGGGAGCAGAGGCAGGUACCUGCACAGCUUCCCCAAGGUGGCAAAAGCACGACGAAGCUGGUGGCGAAGGGAUGCCGAAGAGGAGGCCAGAGGGAAGAGGCUGAAGUAAGAAGACAGACCUGGGCACGGCUGCAAAGGGACAGGCCUGGGCAGUGGGGCUGUGCAAGAGGGUCGCUGCAGCGGACCCAUAACAGGAACGCCUUCCUCCCACAUUAAAAAUAGCAUCCUUUCAUGUAAAGGGCCAAAUUCCGUCUUGGGCAGCGCUGAUUUGUAAUGCAAAUCCCUCCCCUCCCCCUGAUGGACUCAUUCUGCCUUUCGAAGGACACGGUCCAGACUUUUCGCCAGCUGAGAUGGCGCCAAACCCAGCAGAAAUUUGCCGGUGCCCCACCCUGCCUCCCUCCCUUUAGGGACUGGUUUUACACCCUGUGCUCCAAGGAAGGUCUGGCCAUCGUCUCCUGCUCGUGGCUGGCUCACAGCCUGGAUUCCCACCCUCUGAAAGAAAUACCCCCACCCUCCCUAAAAAACCACUGAUUUUGCAAGAUUUCUUCCAUUCACCAUGUUACAUCCCUUAAUACCAGCUUGGGACCUCGGUUGAAGGAAUCAUGGUAAGGCCAACCUCAGACAGCUGAUAUUUAUUAAUUUUUUUAAUUAGACUAAAACCAAAACGAACCCUCUUACGAGCACAAGCCCCCAGCUCUGUGCCUGGGAGCCUGGGCCAUGGGAGAGCCAGCUGAUGAGGCUUACCUGCAGUGUUUAUCUUUUGCUCUGAUGACAUGGCAUUCCCAAAAGCACAGAAAGAAUGAAAAACCAAUUUCAAAUAUCUCUUUUUAGCCUUUCCCUUUCAAUUCUGCCAGGCCAGUUUCUUGUUUCAAGUCCUCCCAAGACCUGGCAUCCUCAUCACGUGAGUGAUGGGAUGCCUCCUGCCCCCCUCCCUGGCUUCAGCAGCUGGUGCCCCCCAGGGUGCGGUGCUGGCUGCUGUGCCAGCGGAGAUGCUGGGGCACAUUCUGCACCUGCCACACUGGUUUGGUCCACUGCUUUUUCAGCCUUGCUGGUAAACGUGGCGGCAUCGGAGCUGAUUUUUCACAGCUGGCGGUUCAUCAGCAGAGAAAGAGCAGGCUGGGGAACCCAGCGUCACCCCCCAGCCCUUGGCAUUGCCCACCACUCCUUGGGCCUCGCCGCAAUCAGUGUCCCUCGCCACCGAACCUUAGGCCACGCUGGAGAUCGCCCUAUUUCAUCUCUGGUGUCUUCUAGGCGAAGAGACUGACAAUUCUUUGACUCAAGGGGAACGUUUACAUCCUUUGGCUUCCUGGGCUUCACAUUAAUGCCUCCCCCCCUCCCCCCUGAAGAGACGCCUGGUAUGUACUGGGAGGGUGGCACUUGUAGGGACCUUGACAAGCAGGGGCUGAGCCCAAGCUCUCCGAUGGAUGUCCGAUGAGGUGCUGCCUUCCCUGUGCUGCUCUUUCCCACGUUGCUGGAUGAUGUGCUCUGUGGCCACCAGGCAACAGCAUUCGAGGAAGCAUUUUCUCUCUAGCCCAAAUACACAUCAAGAAGUGGACAAGCCAGGCAAUGUCCUGCUUUCAUUGCAAAUUCUCCUCCUGUGCAUCCGAGAUGCCAGCAGUCCCCCUGGAGUGCACCCACAAUCGGAGGCUGGCUGCGACACCGUCACCCCCUCCGCAGCUCCCAGGGGAGGACGGGCUGGAGGACAGCAAGGCUGGCUGGGAACGGCAUCCCUGGGGCAGAGCCUGCCGUGUCUCACCUACCAGGCCUUCCUGUGCCCACCAGCCUGCUUGCAAAUGGUACUCCAGUAGGAGAAAUCCUUCAUCAAAAUCCUCCUCCACAUCCUGCUCAUCUGCCGUGGGCCAGAAGCCCUGGCCGUGCUCCCGGGGGGCUCAGCGCAGUCGUGGCUGCCGACCGCCUGCUCCCAGCACCCAUUUCAAAUGGCUGAUGCUGUUAUUCCGUCCUAGUUCAUAGAAGCAAAUGCAAACUGUUUUCUCUUCCUUUCUUCUUCCUGUGCCAGUCUGAGACAUCUUUCAUCACACUGUGCCCAGCCAGCACAGGACAUGAAGCAGAACUAUUAUCACACUUUAUAUCAAGAGUAUGUUUAUAAAGGGUUAAUAAAUUAUUAAUAAUGUUUUAAUGAAGAGGUUAAUCCAGACUCCUAGCAUCUGCAGGUCAACAGAGCAUGCUUACCACAGCAUAUACGGGCUCCUGCGACCCCCUCCCUCUGUUGUUUGCACACUUGCUCGUGUAUUAACGUCUAAUAAUCACCUGUUAACCACCUGCAAAGUGACUGUCGAUCCACCAGUGCGACCAACCCUUCUUAUGCUGCGGCAAAGGUGUGUUCAAACUGCGCUUUGCAGAAGCCCUGCAAUGCUCCUCUCCUGCCCAACGGUGAGCACAAGACCUGGCCUGAUACCAAACCUCCUGCCCAGUGUUGCCAGAGCAAGAAAACUCCUUUACACUGAGGUUACGAGUCUCCUCUAAUCUUAAAACAAAUGAAAGGUGCUUAAAAACUGAGAACUUUUCCUGUGUGUGCACAAGUGUGCAUGUGUAGAUAUUUCACAACACGGCAUGGGUGUUUGGUAGGUUGUUUCAGGGUGCAGGUUUUAGUUUUUUAGGAGUUGGUUAGAAUUUUAUUUUUUUUUUUGCACCCAGUAUUUUCAGUUUGUGACUAGUUGUGCUAUGCCCCUGCUGGGAAGGUGACGCAAACGUGGCGCUGGCUGGCAGGGAGGCCCCACGGCUGGCAUCCUGCUUGAACUGCAAGGAUGAGUCUUGCUUUCUUUUCUUUACUUGUGUAUGGGGAAACUACAGCAUGGACUCAGGGACAAACAAAUAUGCUGGGGUCUUUAAAAAUGUGUUUUUUUCUGGGCUUCUCUGUUCAGAUGUGGGGUUUGUUUCUGUAUGUGAGGCCUUUGGUUGCACGAUCCUGAAGGUUGCUGCAGGGAUGUGGCCGAAGCCUUUGGCACCACGUGUCGAUGAGAGGCUGCACAGGCUGCUGCGUGUUGGAAGAGCUUCUGGGUUUGAUGCUCCGACAUAGUACCUGAAUGGAAAAGGGGCUGUGGCUACUUGUGGUGAAACCAUCCCUGAGCAGCAGCCCCUCUUCAUUUGGCCGUGUCCCGAAAAUACACCUUACAGCUGCUGGAAUGUGGCUGGUCCCUCCUUGGACUUGUUUGUGAACAACCAGGUAUGGAUCUUAAGCAAUGAGCCGCUGAGGAUUUGGGAAGUGAAGCAGAGCUGUGCUUUCUGCAUCAGCCACAGCUGGCCUGGCUCCCCCUGCGACCCUGGGAUCAGAAGGCAGCUGGGAUGGGGGAAGCCAUCAGAGCAAUCCUGUGGAGAAAUGCUAAUGCAGGUGACAGGCAUAUUUGUGAGAGGAAAUUUUUGUAUUUCUUGCAAUGAAAGCAUAAAAAAAGAGGAAAAAUUCCCUGGUAGAGA